GGCGCGGCGGCCGUGGCUGUGGGUGAGGCGAGGCGAGGGCGGCGGCCCGCGGUGCUCCCCUUCCCCCUGGGCAGCCCUUUCCGUCUGGGCAGCUUCUCUUGGUGCGACCGAUCCCGGGCGGGGGGCGAUGCGCGAGGAGAAGCUUGGCUGAAAGCAGAUCUACUAUGGAACCUUGGCAGCCUUGUAGGUUUGGAAGGCUUAAAUCCAAUUCUGGAAAGGCCUUUUCCAGUCCAGAUGAUUUGCUGGCUGAAGCGCUUAAUUAGGAUGGCUUUGGAACAAAUUGGAUUGAACAUGGAAUCAGUGCUUUGGUCAAGCAAGCCUUAUGGUUCAUCUCGAAGUAUUGUAAGAAAAAUUGGUACUAACCUCUCUCUUAUACAGUGUCCGAGAGUUCACUUUCAGCUUAUUUCUCAUGUCACGGAAGGAAACAGUCCUGUUCAACUCAGAGAAGAUGCAGUGGCCUCCUUUGCAGAUGUGGGAUGGAUUGCUGAAGAAGAAGGUGAAGUCUCUACAAGGCUCAGGUCAGAAGUUUGGUCAAAAACAACCCAGCCUCUUCCAGGUGAAGCACAUCAUUCCAGGACGUCCCCACGCAGACAAAUGCGCUUACAAAGCCCGGAAGAGGAGCCAGUGCCCAGGAGCGCAGUGAUGGCAAAUGAAGAAGCGCUGCAGAAGAUCAGUGCUCUAGAAAAUGAACUGGCCUCUUUAAGAGCACAAAUAGCCAAAAUUGUAACCUUGCAAGAACAGCAGAACUUGACAACAGUUGGGUCUAGUCCAGUUGCUUCAGCUGCUGUCCCUGUUGCACCUCCACCGCCGCCACCACCUCCUCCUCCUCUGCCACCACCCCCUUCCUCAGGUCUGCAACAGAAUAAGUCUGCGAUUGAUCUCAUUAAAGAGAGGAAAAACAAAAAAAUGAACGCUGGCCAGAAUGUGGUGGAAAAUGGGCCAAAGAAGCCUGAAGUACCAAACAUGCUAGAAAUCCUCAAAGACAUGAACAGCGUGAAACUGCGUGCGGUGAAAAGAUCCUCAGAAGGUACAAAAUCUAAAGUGUCUCAGCCUGCAGAUCCUGCUACAUUAAUAGCAGAAGCUCUCAGAAAGAAAUUUGCUUACCGAUACCGAAAUGAUAGCCAAGGUGAAACAGAAAAAGUGAUUCCAAAGGCUGAAACAAAGACACAGACUGAGGUGGUGCUGUUUGGACCACACAUGCUGAAGUCCACAGGAAAAAUGAAGACUUUAAUUGAAAAAUCUUAGUGUUAAAAUUAUUAUGCAAAAGACUGUUAAGCUGCUUUGUAUAAAAUAUUUUAUGUUGCAAAUAGUACUAGUACUGAGAGGUCUCUUUCUUACAGCACAGAAAGACCCAAUGUGAAAUGUAGAAAUGAGGCACUAAACAUGUUUGUAUGUAUGUGAUUUAUCAAGGGGAAUAAAUUGGACCAUUAUACUCAGGUAUUAA